AUGAAGGCACAUCUGGUUGCUGCAGAUUUGUGGGAGGUUGUUGGGCCCGAGGAGGAGGAACUGGUAGCAAGAGGACCGAAGGGAGUGGCAGCAAAGAAGAAGAAGCGUGAGCAGGCGUACUCGAAGAUCUUGAUGAACCUCAGUCCCCCGCAGAUGGCUUUCGUGUUGGGUUUGGAAAACCCCCGAGAGGCAUGGGCUGCACUUGAGGAAACUCAUAGGGACGCAUAG